CAAUGGGGUUCCCAAAUUGUCAAUGCACUUGCCGAGAAGGGGACUUAAGGAGAGAAAAGGGGGGUUGGGUGAUGUCUUACCUGUAAAAGUAUAAAAUCCACCUUCUCGGUUAUCAAGUUGUCAGUUGUGGCUAGUUCCCAGUCAGAGAAUUUAGACCAUGAACACAGCCUGAUGGAAAACUAGCCAGAAGACCUACCCCUACCAGACUACUCUUCAUGAACCAUCUACACCUUUGAAAAUGGUUGCUGUUAGUGCUUUACUUCUUCUACUGCCUGUAGCUUGGACUUGUGUCCCCCAAAAAGCAGACUAUGUUAUGGUGUCAUGUUUCCCCAACGCAAUCAUUGCAAAUGUCCUGGAGUGUCCCUAUGGCUGGGAGAUUGGCCAGCUGUCCCUAGGAGGUCUGUGUUACACUGGUGUCAACAGCCCAGGGUUCUUCCGCUUUACAAUCCCCGACCUGACACCCAAAAACAACUCGUACUGUGGCACUCAUGCGGAGUUUUUAGGUGGUAAAGACCCCAAGUAUGUCUUCUACAACUCAAUUGUGUCCAACGACACUUCGCUAACAGUCAGAAACCAGCCGGUCAACUACACGUUCAGUUGCACUUACCGGGCUGCCUACUUGGUCAACAACGCUGUCUUCAGCCAAAGAGUGGCUACAGUUUUUGUCAACAACGGGAGUUUAGGCACUUUUAGUUCACAGUUGUCUAUGAACGUAUUCACGAAUUCCAAGUUCCUGUAUACUAAAGAUGCCCCCUAUGUAAUUGACACAUCAGAGAUCGGCUCAGAAGUGUUCAUUGGGAUUGAAGCCAAAGGACUCAGCAACAGAUUCAAAGUGGUGAUAAGCAACUGCUGGGCAACACCCACUCCUUACUCAACAGACAGGAAGAGGUGGAAUCUCAUUAUCAACAGCUGCCCGUAUGACAAAACUGUGACAAUUUUUGAGAAUGCGAAAGACAGCCGUUCCAUGUUCAAGUUCAACUCAUUCCGUUUCCAGCGCCAGGAGAAAGUGUCUACAGUUUGGCUCCACUGCGAGAUUGGGGUUUGUGAUGGGGAAAGACUCUCAUGUCAGCCAGACCCUUGCACUGCGCGAAGCCUCAAUUCUGAAGGAGAUCCAAGUGGCGGUAUCCUUACCACUGUGCUACACGUUAAAGCUAAUGAAUCUUCUAACAAUGGACACAUGUCAGGCUUGUCUCUAUGGGUCCUGUGCAUAGUCCUGGUAAAUACACUUUUGGGUUGUGUGAAUCUACCUUCAUUGUGGAAAACUGCUUUAGGACAGUAAAUGGGUCUUUCUGAAAUUGUAGCAUUUGUGCAACGCAGAAAAUAAUGAAUAGAUACACAUCAUACAUGUUUAAAAAAAAGAAACGUAAUGCAUAUACUGCUAUUGUUAUGUUUUUAAUUGUUUAAAAUACUAAGAGCAAGUAAAUUGGUGGUCCUUAUAAUUAUGUGUAGAAUUGUAUAAACAUGUUGUACAAAUAUGGGUCCUGUCAGUCUUCUUCCUUUAGGGUGUUGGUAAGCAUAGAUGUCCUCCAU